AUGUCUCUUCUAUCCGCCGAUGUCCAUGCCGAGCUGACUCAGUUGCUCCAAGCACUCCAGUCCGCCGACAAUGCCACUCGAUCUCAGGCUGAAGAACAUCUUCAGAAUAACUGGACCAACAGCCGUCCGGAAGUUCUUUUAAUGGGACUUGCUGAACAGAUACAGGGUGCUGGAGAUAAUGCCGCUCGAUCUUUCGCAGCAGUUAUAUUUCGUCGGAUAGCCUCUAAAACCCGCAAAGUAGAGUCUGGAAAUAAUGUGGAUGUGUUCUACUCAUUGGCUAAAGAUCAAGCCGCUGUCAUUCGUCAAAAACUCCUGGAAACACUCGGCGCGGAACCUGAUCGAAUCGUUCGCAACAAGAUUAGCGAUGCAGUUGCGGAGGUCGCUAGGCAAUAUACAGACAACAACGACUCCUGGCCUGAACUUCUGGGGGCGCUCUUCCAGCUCAGCCAGGCUCCGGAGGCGGAGAAGCGAGAGAACGCAUUUCGAGUGUUUAAAACGACGCCGGGAAUAAUCGAGCGACAGCAUGAAGAAACUGUGCUUCAAGCGUUCCAGAAAGGAUUCAAAGAUGAUGCCGUCAUGGUUCGCCUUGCCGCCAUGGAGGCAUUCGCAUCCUUUUUCAGUACCAUCACCAAACAAUCCCAGAUGAAGUACUACGCCCUGAUUCCUGACGUCCUCAACGUGCUUCCGCCCAUCAAGGAUUCGCAAGAUUCGGAAGACUUGAGCAAAGCCCUAUUGGCUUUGAUUGACCUAGCAGAAACGGCUCCUAAAAUGUUCAAACAACUAUUCCAGAAUUUAGUCCAAUUCAGCAUCUCAGUCAUCCAAGACAAAGAGCUGGACAGCAUUUGCCGCCAAAACGCCCUCGAACUCAUGGCGACUUUUGCCGAUUUUGCACCGUCUAUGUGUCGAAAAGAUCCCUCUUACACCAACGAUAUGAUCACUCAGUGCCUGAGCUUGAUGACCGAUUUAGGUGAAGACGACGACGAUGCUGCGGAGUGGCUGGCUUCCGAUGAUCUUGACCAAGACGAAAGUGACCAAAACCACGUGGCGGGCGAGCAGGCCAUGGAUCGCUUGGCAAAUAAACUCGGGGGGCAGACCAUCCUGGCCCCAACCUUUAAUUGGCUUCCCAGAAUGAUGAACUCGAUGGCAUGGAGAGAUCGUCACGCCGCUCUGAUGGCCAUCUCUGCGAUAUCGGAAGGAUGUCGCGAAUUUAUGAUUGGGGAAUUGAGCCAGGUAUUGGAUUUGGUCAUUCCAGCCUUGCAAGAUCCUCACCCUCGGGUCCGUUGGGCAGGCUGCAAUGCCUUGGGGCAAAUGAGCACAGAUUUCGCCCCCAAGAUGCAAACAGAUUUUUACGACCGAAUUUUGAAAGCUGUCGUGCCAGUCUUGAACUCUCCGGAGGCCAGAGUCAAGUCCCAUGCCGCCGCAGCUCUGGUCAACUUUUGCGAGGAGGCGGAAAAGUCAAUCUUGGAGCCAUAUCUUGAUGAUUUGUUAUCUCAUCUCUUUCAGCUCCUUCAGAGCGAGAAGCGCUAUGUGCAGGAGCAGGCUUUGUCUACUAUUGCUACCAUCGCCGACGCUGCGCAGGCCGCUUUUUCUAAGUACUAUGACACGCUGAUGCCACUUCUGGUCAAUGUACUUCAAAAUCAGAGCGAGAAGGAGUAUAGACUCCUUCGUGGCAAAGCCAUGGAAUGUGCGACCCUAAUCGCUCUUGCCGUUGGCCGGGAACGACUCGGUCAAGACGCGAUGACUCUCGUCAACUUGCUUGCCAACAUACAGACUAACAUUACGGAUGCAGACGACCCGCAAGCACAGUAUCUUAUGCAUUGUUGGGGCCGGAUGUGCCGUGUGCUUGGCUCAGACUUUGUACCCUUCUUGGACAAUGUCAUGCCGCCCUUAUUGGAGCUAGCUAUGGCAAAGGCUGACAUUCAGCUGCUUGACGAUGAUGAGCAAGCGGAACAAAUGAACGGAGAAGACGGCUGGGAGUUUGUCCCUCUCAAGGGAAAGAUGAUUGGUAUUCGAACGAGUACCAUGGAUGACAAACACAUGGCGAUUGAAUUGCUGGUCGUUUAUGCGCAGGUUCUCGAAGCAGCUUUCGCCCCCUUCGUUGCGAACAUCAUGGAAAAGAUUGCACUCCCUGGCCUGGCAUUUUUCUUCCAUGACCCCGUCCGGUAUAUCUCAGCCAAACUGGUUCCACAGUUGCUAAGCUCAUACAAGAAGGCAUAUGGAUGCCCUUCCAACGAACUUGCGGGUCUCUGGGCGGCUACAGUCGGUAAACUUCUCGAGGUGCUGAGCGCUGAGCCUUCUAUUGAGACCCUAGCUGAGAUGUACCAAUGCUUCUAUGAAUCCGUGGAAGUAGUUGGGAAGGAUUGCCUCACCUCUGUUCAUAUGAAUGGAUUCAUAGAUUCAGUUCAUUCGACAAUCGAGGACUACCAAACCAGAGUUACCCAGCGAGCCGAGGAAAAGGCAGGGGCAACGGCAGACGAUGUUGAAGACGAAGCCGAAGAGAUUGAAAGGGAAAUUGAGGAUGACCAAACUCUAUUGUCGGACAUGAACAAGGCAUUCCACUCUAUUUUCAAGAACCAUGGAGCAGCAUUCCUUCCUGCCUGGGAAAGAUUAAUGUCCACCUACGAGAGCUUCCUGAAUUCGACAGAUCCAACGCAAAGGCAAUGGGGUCUUUGCAUCUUGGAUGAUGUCCUCGAGUACUGUGGACCUGAAAGCAAUCGGUAUGCUAAUUAUAUCACACAACCUCUGAUUGACGGCUGCCGAGAUCCAUCUGCAGCUAUCCGACAGGCUGCCGCGUAUGGUAUUGGCGUCGCAGCACGUCACGGAGGAGCACCAUGGACACAGUUUCUGGGAGGCUCAAUACCCUAUCUCUUCCAGGUUACUCAGGUUCCGGAAGCCCGAAACGACGAAAAUGUAUACGCUACAGAGAAUGCAUGUGCUGCCAUAGCCAAAAUCCUUCAUUACAAUGCUGGUAGCGUGGGGGAUGUCCAAACUGUCGUUUCGCAAUGGGUUGAAACACUCCCUGUCACCAAUGACGAGGAGGCAGCCCCGUAUGCUUACGCAUACCUCGCCGAAUUGAUUGACCAGUAA